AUGAAACCUGAAUUACAAACUUAUAAAUCUCUAAUUAAGGCAUUCGUACGUGCUGACCGUACUGCACGCAUUGCUCAAAGAGCGGCUGAGAGGAAACAGCAAUUAGCUCUGUUAACUUAUAGAAGGAUGAAUAUCGCCCGUGAACAGGCAAAGAAAGACAUUGAUCCAUCAACAAGAAUGAAAUUAAUCAAAGAUAUGGCAACUUUAAAUAAACGUGUGGAAAUUCUAAAGCAGAAGGCUCCUGAAAAUGAUAAAAAAUUGUUGUUUGUUCAGGAUACCAGUUUCCUUAGAGAUCAAAUCCUUAGUGCACAGGACGAUCGUCAUAUUCAACAUUUAGAAGACAUUGCUGCCUUUGUCGAUAACCAACGUGAAUACGAUGAAUUAAUCGAACGUUAUAAUCCCGGUGCUAGGAUGUCACAGGAGGAAAAGGUUAAACGUACAGCAAAUAAAGUUGGAUUCCAAAUGCCAUCAUGA